CAUGUGUGCACGCACCCCCUUGUACUCCUGUUUCUGGUAGAGUGUUCAACUCCCUCGUUAACUUGGAGACACCAAAAUUUGACAUGGGAUUGAGUCAACUUGAGCCCGGCGACAACACCACAGUGUGUAACCAAGUCACCCGAGUCACUGCAAACUUAUCGGCACAGUUUGACAUGGCAGCUGAGACAACCGUAGUGCCAGAUACACCAGAUCAACCUCAACAAGCUCCACAAUCAGAUUUUCCUGACCCUACUCCUACUUCCAUAUCGCCUCAUUCUUUACUGCAAGAGACGAGUGCAAUAAGGAUUUCUAUCCAUGAGGAAUGCGGUCUCCCGAAAGUACAACCCAAAACAAGGAGGAGAAUCAUUGGGGUACCAUCUGAUAUGCUUCUAGACGUACCAAAACGAGUAAUAAAACCAAGCAGAAUGGUGAAGUCCCCAUUUCUUUGCAAACAGUACCAAUGUGUCAGGCUUGAUGUCCAGGCACAAGAAGAUUUAUUCACAUAUACAAACUCAAUUUCUGCUGCCGACCAACUGAGAAAAAUUUGGCUACACAUAUCUGAUCCAGUCCCAAGGUUUCUAAAAUUGCAACAGAUACAAGAAGCCCUCGCAUUUGACGCUGAAAUGCAAGAUGAUGCAUUCAAUGUUGCUGUCCAAGCACUAUUCGAGGAUGAGGUGCACAGGUUCGGGGGAACAGAUUUCCUAGGCUGGAGGCACUUCUUGAAUCAAGAUUUCGCGAUGCACGCAACCGCUGGUGGCGCAGACUGGAACCCCGAGGAUCAUGUCUACUUAUUCAACGACAUUCACAUACCAUACGACGUCUCAAAAAGCCGUCUGAUAUAUAUCCCUCUCCACCAACCGUUUCAUUUCUCAGUCUACGCAUUUGAUAUGGAGAACGAGAAGAUUCAGAUCAUGGACCCCUUAAGAGAUACAAGCAAAGGAGGGCAGGACAUUGAAGCUAGGCACUCUAAGACUAAAGAUCAUAUUGCGAAAGCAUUGCAGGAUUGCAUGGUCAUCUCUUUUCCAGACUGGAAACGCAAUAUUUCUAGCUGGCAGCAUGAGUUCCCAACAAAUAUUCCAGCAACUGCUAACAGGAUUGAUACUGCUUUCCACGUUCUGCAUAUCAUGAGAAAUUGGGAUGCAAAAUGCUUAGUCAAUCCAGUCUCUAGUGACUCUCGAGAUUUGCGGAAGGUCUUCCUUGCCAACCUCCUGUCAUUCACAAGUAAUGAGGCCAUACUCCCAGAAAGUGUCAACUACUACAUCAAAGCACUCAGGAGGAACUGAUACCACAUCCCGCAACGACGAAUAAUAAAUAGGCCGACUGAAUAGACAAAUUUUCAAUUUCAAUAUGUAGUGAAUUACGUACUACCUUUUUUGUUUCUGAGAAAACAUACUACAUUUGAUGGAAUAUUCUACCUUUUCUAUA